AUGGUAAUAAUUGAAGGCACUUACGUAAGUAAUAUGAUACGGCUAAAGGGUUGGAAUCCCUACUUACAGUUGAGUAGUUCCACCCAGUAUUAUAAUUGGGUGGUGAGAGAAGCUACAUAUACAAGGCUUUGCAGCACUAAGAAGAUAUUGACUGUUAAUGGGAAAUUUCCUGGACCAGUUUUACGAGCUCAUAGAGGAGAUACAAUCUAUGUCAACGUUCAUAACAGAGGCAGAUACAAUGUCACUCUUCACUGGCAUGGAGUAAAGCAACCAAGGAAUCCAUGGUCUGAUGGUCCAGAAUACAUCACACAAUGUCCUAUUCAACCUGGGAGAAGUUUCAACUACAAGAUUAUAUUUUCUACAGAAGAAGGCACCCUCUGGUGGCACGCUCAUAGUGAUUGGUCACGUGCUACAGUGCAUGGAGCAAUCUAUGUCUAUCCAAAGGAAGGAACUAGCUACCCUUUUCCCAAGCCCCAUCAUGAAAUUCCCAUAAUAUUGGGUGAGUGGUGGAAGCAGGAUGUAAAUGAGGUUCUUGAAGAAUUUGUUAGAAGCGGAGGAGCUCCAAAUAUUUCUGACGCUUACACCAUAAAUGGUCAACCUGGAGACCUUUAUCCUUGCUCAAAAUCAAAUACAUUCAAGCUCUCUGUGGACCAAAACAAGACCUACAUGCUCCGAAUGGUCAACGCAGUAAUGAACGAGAUCCUCUUCCUCGCCGUGGCAAACCAUAACCUCACGGUGGUCGCGACAGACGCAAGCUACACGAAGCCAAUCGAAUCAGACUACAUUACAAUAUCUCCUGGCCAAUCCAUGGAUGUCUUGUUAUUCACGAACCAACAACCCGGUCGAUAUUACAUGGCUGCUAGGGCUUACAACAGUAACCCAGUAGUUGGUUUCGACAACACCACCACCACAGCAAUAGUUGAGUACAACAAUGGAAAUAGGAAUGAGAGUCCAGCAUUUCCUUCACUUCCUGACUAUAAUGACACAGCUGCAGCCCUUGGCUUCUUCAGUGGACUCAGGAGCCUACCUGUUGAAUUCAAGGAGCCUAUCCCGAGAACCAUCACCAGGCGAAUAAUUACAACGACGUCGAUCAACACAUUCCCUUGCCAGGGAAAUCAAACAAAUCAAACAUGUCAAGGACCCAACGGGACGCGAUUUGCUGCCAGCUUGAACAAUAUAAGCUUUGUGGAGCCUAAUACAGUAGACAUACUAGAAGCUUACUACUACUACAUCCAUGGAGUCUUCAAAAAAGGUUUUCCACCAUAUCCACCGUACAAGUUUAAUUUCACUGCUCAGGACUUGCCUAUGAUCCUGCAAAUACCAAAGAGGGGGACAAAGGUGAAGGUUAUAGAAUAUGGGACUGAUAUAGAAGUUGUGUUUCAAAAUACCAACUUAGGGGGCGGCGGGUUAGAUCAUCCUAUGCAUCUUCAUGGAUUUGACUUCUACAUUGUUGGAACUGGUUUUGGGAACUUUGAUGAAGAAAAGGACCCAUUGAGCUACAAUCUUGUUGAUCCUCCUCUUAGGAACACUGUUACUGUCCCCAUAAGUGGAUGGGCGGCAAUGAGAUUCAAGGCCGUAAAUCCUGGAGUAUGGUUCUUGCACUGCCAUCUCGAGCGUCACUUAACAUGGGGAAUGGACACGGCUUUUAUUGUCAAGAAUGGGAAACGCAGGCACCAAAGGUUGCUGCCUCCACCACCUGAUAUGCCACCGUGUUAUGAAUCUGGCUGA